UUUGACUUUCUUUGUCAAUAUACCGCUCCUCAGAUCUCCAGAACAUUUGGCGGUGAGUUUGAGAAUUGCUUUGUGCUACAGGCUACACAUUAUAAGCCGGUUGUUCGACGUGCUGCAAUCGCGCUCGGCUUUUUGCACGAGAAGUUCACGUUACAUGAUGGUACUUUGACAAGAAGAAGGGCAACAAGUGAGGACGAGAACUUUGCUCUAAGCCAGUAUGUAAAAGUACUAGGAACUCUACUGCAGCCAGCGAAGGCGGAAAGGCAGCAAGCAGCUGAUGUGGCCUUGAUGACUUGCAUCCUAGUCGUCUGA